AUGUACAUCUCCUUGAUUGCAGGUGACGAACUGCGCCACAACUAUGCAGAUAGCAUUACUGCCAGUGUUAAAGGCAUUGCCUCCACUCUUCUUGUCGGACAUGUCGCCGCUGGGCAUGCCCAUCUGAAAGACACUUGUUUAUCCUCGCUUCACUUUGGUCGCACCACUCAAGCCCAGAUAAGUACUAUAGGUGGUGUCAGUACUACACGGAGUGAAGUGUUCACAGAUGAAGAAACAGUGGGUUCUAGCAAGGAUUUUCCGAUGAAAAUGGUUCUCGAGCAACAGUCUGAAGCUAAAUCGGAGAAUGUAUGA